AUGUUGGAGACAGUCCUCUCGCCCGGGCCAUCAUUCCCUGCAGAGGCAGACACGAAUAUGCCUCGCUGCAUGGCUCCAAAGGCCCCGAUAGAAGUUGGGUCGAUCUCGAACGGCACCUGCACGGAGGCGAGAGAUAAGGAGAUUAUGUGGACUCCGUCUGAGAUGGCCUUGUCGAAGGCGGCAAGGAUCCAUGCACCCAUUUUUCCAGCAGACUUUGUAGACGGCGAUGCGUGCUCUCGGGGCGACCCCGGAAGCAACGCCGGUGGCGUGGCCGAAAAAGGUGGCGUUGGGGACGGCUCUGCCGGCGGCAAUGGAUGCGGUGUGGGUGCCGUGUCCAAUGGAGUCUCGUGGGGACUUGAAUUCCUCGAGUUGGCCGUUUUCAUUUGCUUCAUAACCCUUGGAGAAGAACCUGGCCCCAAUGAUUUUGUUGUUGCAGUUGGCUCUCGUGAAGUUCUCGCCUUCCUCACACUCCCCUCUCCAGAUGUCGGGAGAGAUGGGGUCGAGACCUUGGUCGUGGAAGCUUCGGUGUUCGGGCCAGAUGCCGCUGUCGAAUAUGCCGAUGAUCACAUUCAACCCCAACUCGGACUCCGACAGCUGCCCGUUACUGUCACUGGCAGAGGACUCCGACUGAAUGCCGAGGAAAGUAGGAGAGCGAGUCGUGUGGAGUUGGUGAAGGCGGUCUGGCGUAAUGGAUAUGAUCCCCGGCUGGCCUGA